CGAACGGGAACUGCCGAACGCAAGAGCUGCCAUUGACAGAUGAGUGCUGGGAAAGACCCGUUUGGCUCUGCGGUAUCUUUUGUCUGGGCAAUAACUUCCUACAGUACAGAGUAGUCUACACAGCAUUAUCAUUGAAGCUGUGGCAGCACAUUCUCUAACGCCGCAUAUGCGAGCUUAACCGACUGAACCUGCCUACUUGACCCUUUUUCGCAAAACCAAUCGACAUUUUCUAGGCAGCUCUUGCUGGUGGUCGCUCUGUUGAAACUAUGUCGAGUGAAAGCGCAACAGACAAGCCUUCUGACCCAUGGAAUGCCGAGACCAAGACAAAAUUCAACAAGAAGCAAAAUAGCGAGUACUUCGACCCUUGUCAAGAAGCAGCAUCCCGUAGCAUCCGAUGCUUGCACCGCAACGGUGCCGAUAAGGACCUCUGUGCAGAUUAUUUCCAGGCAUAUCGAGACUGCAAAAAGCAAUGGAUUAACGAGCGGAAGGCAGCAAGGCAAAAAGAGAAAGGUUCAUUUCUUUAGGCUCUGAGACGU